CGCCUGUCAUUAAUGACCAUGAAGAUGGGUUCAGAUGGGUCCUGGGUUCAAUUUUCGUCUCGGCACGCUGCUCUUUCUCUGCAUGUGGCAUCUGUUUACAGGGUUGGCUGCCUUGCCAUGAUUUUGAUUUAGCCUUAGUUGCUGGCUAGGUGUAAAACACAAAUUCCUUCCACUUCUGAGGUCUACAUCCAAUAAGCUCUCCUACCCAGAGCGAGGAACUUAAAAAUAAUUCGAGAUUCAGGUAAAGGGUGUCCUACCCUUCAAGUCUGUUCCACCGUCUUUUUCCUCUCCACCCAACUACUGUCGUGUUUGUCUCUGCCUACUUGUAUUUAUUUGUCUAUUCCAUGGGGUGGUAGUUAUGAAACAAAGAUAACGUAAACCUGGGGAUAGCUGUAAACCAGGCAGAAGGAUUAAAAAGAUAGGAUCUGGCAUAGCCAUUAGAUAAGGUUCACUAUUAAGCACAAGCUAGUAGUGCCGAUCCUGCUCUAUGGAUGUGACACGUGGAUUUCGCUCGCCGAGACGGAAAGGAGAAUCCAGAACAAGUGCCUAAGGAGGCUGCUGCUGCUCGGGGUCUCAUACAAAGAACACAGAACCAACAACUUUGAACGAAACAAGAUUGCCACACUCGUAGAACACCAAGAACCUCUACUUUCAACAACCAAGCGACUCAAGCUGGUCUGUGUGACCUGGUACGACAUCCUGUCAAAGUCUGCCCUUCGAGGAUGGACGACACCGCGGUGGUCAGAGGAAGAAUUGACUUACGAACGUCAAAGACUGGAGGUCGUCCUCGACAGGACCUGCUGACUAUCGCCCACAAUAGGCAAGAAUGGUGGACACUGUCACCUGCCGCGUCUAUCAAUGUGACCUUUUCCCAUCCACCCCAACGACGUGCCGGUCAGGGGACGACUGACUGAUAUGAUGUCCCUUUAAGAAACAGACGCGUGCCUAGCAUAUAGAGGUCACCAUCUUGUGUACAAAUAUACUAAACACUUAAGUGACUAAACACUUUACUAAAUAGUAUUUGGUAUCUUUGUGUAGCUACAGAUCGAGGGUUUCCCUGGGUUCUAGGUACCUAUGGUUCAUGACUUCGACCCCCAGAUGACCAUGUGCUCAUGUUCUUCGCCUCCCCUCUCCAGUCCUUUUUCAGCUCUCAAGUGCCUGCCACUCAUCAUCAACUAAUCACUUGACACGAGUGUCUUAUCCACGUUUGUGCCCAAAUACCUUGUAUCAAUGUGACCGCUACGAACACAAUUUACCAUGCAGCGGGAUAAAGCUGACUAAGAGCUUGAGAGGUAUUUGAAUCAUCUGGCAGAGCCCUCCAUCCAUGAUUAUAAGUAAUGUCUCGUUAUCGUACUGAAGCUCCUUCCGUCACUUGUCAUCUCCGCGAACAUCUAUGCUGAUCUAAGGACACGAGAAGACUUCACAAUCACAGACAUGCCAAACUCAAGCAUUUCUCAAAUUUUGCCCCAGCAGUACGCCGUACUUAAAGAGCGCAUCAAGGCACUUAUAUGGAAAAAGCAUUUGACCAAACUGGUAAUUUUUCUUUUAUAACCGUCAUGCAUUGUUUGUCCGGUUAAAGACCUAGCUUUAUGCAGGCAGUCGUAUCCAGAGCGAGAGUACGCCGCGGCCUAAGUUAAGCCUCCCACAUGCAGCCGUCCCCAGCUCAUUACAUGAGUGAAGCUGGUUAGUGCCAGUGGUGGGGUGCAGGAGUGACGCUUCAUCUGUUUCACGCACUACCCCCUUCCUCCACUCAAACUGUUAUUUUGCAGCUUCCUUUCAUGUGUUCUCUUUUCAGCGUCCAUACCUAGCAAAAGUGAGUUGAUGAAAUCGUUGAAGAAGUGAGGUGUGAUAGUGGCUGAGAAAAUCAUCAGCAGAUCAUUUAUCGCCAUAAUUUUGCUUCUACAUCGACUGUUAUUGCCGUUCCCUCUCCACUUUUACUGUAGGUAUGCAUCGCAUGGUGACAAUAUGAGAAGAACACUUUAGAUUGCUUUCGAGGAAAUUGGAAUGUCUUAAUAACUAGCUCUUCCUGUGUCCACUCAUCAAACUGAAGUUUGAAGAGCUGCAUCAUAGCAUCUACCCCCGUGCUUGCCCUCUUCAUUGUUUCAGUCCAUGGAGUAUUCAGUGGACCUGCUGAUCAUCUCGAUGUCAAAGGAGAAAGAGGGAGUGAAGCUGCGUUCAGCUGGAGAUGCGUCCAUCUUCUCAGUGUGCAGCGGUGUUCCUCCCAACGUGCCGCCAGCGUUGACGUCUAGAAGCCCUCGCCGACGAGCGGUUGACGGCUUCCAUCGUUGGCCGGGUACACGCUCAGGUGCCGCAGGGGAAAAAAUACCCGUUUCAAAGACGAUGGGUUUGAAGUGCAAACCUGGAAAUGUCCGGAGUCGCACCAGUGCUGCAGCCAUCAGCUGUAACAGAACCGCCAUCUCAAUCAUCAGCGCCGCCACAACUACGGGCGCUACCAGGAAGAAGUCACCGCUGCACGUGCAGUGUCGAGGAGCCGUAGCCAUGCCUUACCACGACGAAAUGCGGCCUUUGCCUCGCCCCGUCUCACCGACCGGAAGAGGCGCUGACGCAUGCGCUGUGGCGAGAGGCGGGAAACUCACCAGGAGCAGACGUCCUAUCAAUCCAAUCCCAAGACACAAGCGAGAUUCGCACAUCAACGCCGAAUACCGACGCCGAAACAAAAUUCAGAGAGGCUUUGAAGUCGUGCGCACCCUGGUACCUGUUUUACGCGAAGCAGAUCCGGCUACCAGAGAGAGUAAAGCAUCUAUGCUGAACAAAUGUGCUGCUUUUAUUCGCGAAGUGACAGAAGAAUGCAGACAUCAGGACGAGGAAGCGAUGUCCCUACGGCAGGAAGUUGACAACUUGCGCAAGGAAUUGGAGUCAUUGUGUGGAACCGUCUGCAGGUUGUAUCAGCAGCAGCUGCCUGCGGCCGGGAUCAGCACCUUCGAGAGACCUUCGUGGCAGGCGCAGGACAUGCUUGAUGACUACUUCCGGCAGGCCAUCUUGCAGGACUGGCGCUUUUGGAUCAUCGGAGACUGCAUAGUGCUAACAAAAAGAAAUCAAGAACCAGCCAGAAAGCACCACACAUUUUAAAAGCAAAAUCCUAUACAGCGGUACUGCCGUACUGGUCUUUUAUUUCCAAUAAAGAGGUAGAGAAAGAAUGCUGAGUUUGUGUCAGAAGCACACAAUUAAUUUAUUUUUCCCUUUCAAAUUUUAAGAACUGCACGUCAUUUAUAUUUUGUAACAAAGUGAAUUGCUUCAUACUUGUCUGAGAUGUUAGACGCAAGCACCUUGUAACCUAGAGAACAGGAGUCCCAUUCUCUUCCUGCCUAACUCCUCGCCAUUGUGGCCUUAAC